AUGAAUAAAAGCCACCCAACUAACACGCGCCCAAAACGCACCCGCCCCACCCGUCGCACUAAACCCAAAACGAAGCCCGCCUCCUCAAUCCGCAGCGGCCUUAUAAACCGGGCCUCACCCCGACCAACUUCAUCUUCUCCUCCCCCUUCUCAUCCUCCAUCGCCUCGGCGAAAGCGUCCCCUUCUACCCUCUCUUCGCACCGGCUCUCCCGGGUCCAAGGACCCGGCCCUAAGUAUAGAAGAAUGGCUGUCACUGCAAUUACCGCCAUGCCUGUCGCCCGCCAGACCUUCGCGUUCAUCUGCGCAGAACGAGACCUCUCCGCCGCCGCCGUAUAAUAGUUCCCAUUUCUACCAGGACCUCUCCCAAUACCCAGAUUCAUUCUACCUUCCUCCCGAAUUUCAUAAUAAUCCUACUUUUGACUUCUCGUCAGCGGCCUUUCCUCCCGUUGACACCACUUCCUUGUUCUAUGACGACUCGCCGCCGGAUACUUCUCUAACUGCCGGGUCCAAUUCAACUAUAAACACAGCCUUGUCCAGUCUGAGCGAUAGUAGCUAUCAAGAUCAGAUCAUUGGCUAUCCGGAUCCGACUACCCAACAUACUUCUUGCGCGACGAUACUUCACCCUCAUCCUCACUCUCUUGUGCCUGUUACCGCUGCUGGACCUGAUCUCGACCCGAUUGAUUCCUUGCUUAGUUCUCCGGAGUUGAGCGAGGAGUUGAAUCUGUUGGCUUCGCCUGGUGUGAAUUCUCUUCCUGAACCUGAAUCAGAAUUCCCACCCAUGCCAGCUGUCAGCUCAACUACAUCCUCUCGAGCCGCCGCUCCUCCGAAAGAAGCCCCGAACCGAGUCAAGAAACGGGAGCUGAAUACCCUUGCUGCGCGACGGUAUCGUCAGCGACGCGUGGAUCGGAUGAAUCAGUUGGAGGAGGAGCUUGAGGCGAUUAAGCGCGAGCGGGACGAGUUGAAGAUGCGGGUUUCCAAGUUGGAGGGGGAGACAGAGGCGUUGCGAAGUAUGGUGAGGAGUCAGAAGUAA